GAUGAGCUCGAACAUAACAGAGCAAUCGUCAAGAAACGCAGAAGUUUUAGCCCCUCCACUUAUAUUACUCACUCUCAUCACAGUUCUGGCUAAUAUUACCGUUAUUCUUUGCGUAAUAUAUGAUAAAAAAUUGCGAAACGCUUCGAAUGUGUAUGUUGUUUCUCUUGCUGUGGCCGAUUUAAUAGUAGGUGUCUUUGUUAUGGGUGGAAUGAAUGUGUUUACAAUCUAUGGCUAUUGGCCUCUUGGAAAUAAUUUAUGUACUGCCUGGGUUGCUUUGGAUUUUACUUGUUGUACUGUUUCCAUAUUUCAUUUAAUAUUAGUGGCAUAUGAUCGAUUUUUGGCACUAAAUCGCCCGUUGCAAUAUAAGUCUCUUGCAACCAUUAGACGAUCUACAUUGAUGUCUGUUGGCAGUUGGAUUGUUGGGUUGAUAGUGUGGCUUCCACCUGUAAUAACUUUUCGAGUAUUAGAUCUUAAAAAAAUAUCUACAGAUUGCUAUUUCGUUCCUGACAAAAAAUUUGUUGUGUCUCAAGCAAUUUGCGUGUAUUAUAUUCCUAUUUUAGCUAUGAUAGUUUUCUAUACAGGAUCUUUGAGAGCUUUGUACAGGCAAAAACUUAAAGUUGAGGCUAUGGAUAAAAAUAUGGGACCAUCAAUAGAUGAUGACGAAGUUACUGUCGAUAUAUCUGUUACGAAAACAAGUGGUCAAGAUGAAAUCAAAAUUAAAAACUCAAAUAGAAGAAAAACAGAGCAACAUACGAGAGUGCUCCGUACUUUGGGAGUCAUUAUUCUGAUGUUUUUGGUUUGUUGGCUCCCAUUCUGUAUUAUGUGGCCUAUGGUAGCGUAUUGUAAUGAUUGCGUUAAUCCUGUUGCAUAUGAAAACUCUUACUGGUUGGCUUACGUAAACAGCACUAUUAAUCCUCUCUUGUAUUUCGUUUGUAAUCGAGAUUUUCGCACCGCUCUCCGAAAUCUUUUUAAAUUUUAG